AAGAGGGAGUUAGUUGGUUUGUGUGCACUGCCUGCCCGUAGCCGCCAGUGUUGACGUGUGGCUUGCAGAGUCAGGGAGAGCGAGCUCCGAGCUGAUUGUGGCCGGUCGCAAAGCGCCCAUUUGCGGAGCAGCAGCCGUCCCUGGGCCGCCGCAGCCCGGAGCGCGAGUCACGGUCCCUGGGCCACUACAGCCCGGAGCGCGAGCCACUGUCCCUGGGCCGCCGCAGCCCGGAGCGCGAGCCACUGUCCCUGGGCCGCUGCAGCCCGGAGCACGAGCCACGGUCCCUGGGCCGCCGCAGCCCGGAGCGCGAGUCACUGUCCCUGGGCCGCCGCAGCCCGGAGCGCGAGUCACGGUCCCUGGGCCGCCGCAGCCCGGAGCGCGAGCUGCCACCACCACCACCACCACCACCACCAGCAGCAGCAGCAGCAGCAGCAGCAGCAGACUGAAGGGCGGCUCGCCAUGGCUGCAGACUGGGCUGAAAUCCGGCGUCUGGCAGCCGACUUCCAGAGAGCGCAGUUCGCUAGCACCGUGCAGAGGUUGUCUGAUCGAAACUGCAUUGAAAUUGUUGCUAAACUAAUAGCAGACAAACAAUUGGAUGUGAUAUAUACAUUGGAUGGUAAAGAGUAUAUCACCCCAGCUCAAAUUGCCAAAGAGAUACGAGAUGAGCUGUACGUUCAUGGAGGCAGGAUAAAUAUUGUGGAUCUGCAGCAUAUUCUUAAUGUGGACCUAACACACAUCGAGAGCAAAGCAAAUGACAUUGUUAAAUCAAACAGAGAUAUCCAACUUGUGUUGGGCCAGCUGAUUGAUGAAACCUAUCUGAAUCAAAUGGCUGAAGAGGUUAAUGACCGACUGCAAGAAGCUGGACAUGUUACAAUAGCAGAGCUCUGUAAAUUGUAUGACUUGCCAUGUGAUUUUCUAACAGAGGAAUUGUCACGGCGUAUAGGCAGAAUUAUAAAUGGACAAAUGGACACCUAUGAUCGAGGCGUCAUUUUCACAGAAGCUUUCGUUGCUCAACACAAGGCCCGGAUUCGAGGACUUUUCAGUGCAGUAACUAGGCCAACGCCAGUAAGCUCUUUGAUAUCUCAGUAUAAAUUUCAGGAACAUCUUCUUUAUUCUUUUCUUGAAGAGUUUAUUACCAAUGGUCGCUUGAAUGGAGCAGUGAUUGGUGGGAGACAGGAUAAGGCUGUCUAUGUCCCUGAUAUCUACUCAAGAACUCAAAAUAACUGGGUGGAUUCAUUUUACAAGCAAAACAGCUAUUUAGAAUUUGACACUUUGAGCAGGCUGGGAAUUCCAGAUCCAAUAAAUUAUAUCAAGAAGAGAUACAAAUCAGCAUCGAUGACCACUUUAAAAGCCGUGUGUGUCGGCCAUACCAUUGUGGAUCAGGUGGAAGCCUCAGUCGAGGAGGCUAUAAGAUCUGACAUGUGGGUGGAUAUACAGCCCCUGUUGCCCAGUUCGUUCUCUGUGGAAGAUGCCUCCAUAUUGCUCCAGCAGCUGAUGAGGACAAUGAACAAACAGUCUGAUUCUUGGAUCUUCGGAGAUACCAUUGUGGUCAGCGAGCAGUUCAUUAACAGCUGUGCAGCACUUUUUGAUCAGAUGAUGCAACACAAGGCUGAACAGGAGAUGCAGAACAAUCAUGCCCACGUGUUGACAGAAGAGGACCUGAAGCAAGCUGCUAUUAUUGCCGAAAGUAUGAUUUCAGUUAAAAAGGACAAGCGAGAGGAUAGGAAGAAGAAAACAUCAGAUGGCAGUGGAAGUGCCCGUGCUGGAGGUGGUGGCAACGCAAGAGAAAUCAGGACCAAAAAGCACAAGAAGAGAGGAAAGCGAGAUGAGGAUAGUGAUGAAGAGAUGCCAAUCACAGGUGUGUGUGUCAUCCGGUCUCGCCGCACCGUCGACCUGGACAAAUUUCACGUAGUGCGAGGAAGAGAGUCCGUAGUCCAGUACCGCCGGGCUUCCCCAACUGCAUUAGCAUCGUCGCUGUAUUGCGGGCAGGACGCAUCAUAUAGUGGAGACCUAGCACCUGUGUAUGUUGAGAGCCGCAGUUACCGAGGGAUUACUGGGAUGUUGAAGAAGACCUUAGUUGGACCCCACGGCGCGUGGGCCAGAAGGGUCUCGACCUGUAAUGUUGCCCAUUCCUUCUCUCCAGAGAUGCUGCCUCACAAAAUUACUCCAGCAUUUUGUGUCUACAUGUUAAUCUCAUUUAUGCUAAUGGUGCUCAUUUUGUUGGUCAUGCCAUGCAAACUAGUCAUGUUUUGGGAUAUUUUAGAUGACACACAAGUUCAACUGGAAAAGCAUUUAUUGAAGACCAUUUGCACUGACAUCUCCAACCUCCUGUUCAACUUCAUGGCCGGAGACCUAAUGAUGUCAGUCGAAAUCUACACAUCAAUAACCUCUGAGCUCAGAUUGAAAAUGUUGGCAAAACUAGCUGAGGAAAGUAGAGGUCCUCUCUUGAAGCUUCAUAACUCACUGAAUGGCAAAUGUAUUGAAGAGUUUCUUUCCAUUUUGGAUGGUGUAACAGAUGUUUGUGGACUUAUGCUCAAAAAGAUCGAUAAAAAGAAAGAAAGGCAAGUCCUGUUCCAACACAGGCAAGCAUUACUUGAACAAGUCAAAACAUCUGAGGACCCUGCACUGGUUCUGCAUCUGACAUCUGUUCUGUUGUUCCAACUUUCAUCACACCACAUGCUUCAUGCACCUGGCAGAUGUGUACCGCAGAUUAUCAGUUUCCUCAAUGGCAAGAUUCCUGAGGACCAGUACAAACUCCUCGUGAAAUAUCAAGGUCUAGUCGUGAAACAACUUAUUGGUCAGCACAGAAAAGGCAAAGGAGAUGAGGACUCUGGCGAAUACAGUAACAUUGAGAAAGAGGCAGAGAGUGAAGGAGAGGCAGCUCGAAAGGAGCUGCAAGAAUUAACACCAUUCGUCAAAGAUCUUGUAUUGAAACCCAGAAAGACAUCGGUGACAGAAGAGUGAAAUUACUUUGGAAACAUAACCUGCUGGAAUGGCCAAGUUUGCCAAUCGAUUUGUGCAUUAAAGAGUUAUAAUAUAAAAAUGCCAUUUGUAUAUUAGACAGGAACAUUCCUGUUCUACCUUGAUUACAUUCAUUAGAUGGGUAAUAACAAUUGGUUUAAUACAAUUAUUGGACCUUAACAUUCUACUUGGGAUUAUAAAAUAAACAUUUAAAUGUUGGAGAUAGCAGAGUAAUUUUGUUUUUCAUUGUUUAGUACAUUUCAGAUACAGAGAGAAUAGUAAAAUAGACCAAAUCUGCUUAGGUGAACACUUGCACAUUUAUUGGGAUAUUGAAAUUUUUUUAGGCUAGAAAGAGUAAUUAUUUCUGCAGACAUUGGCUGAUUCACAAAAGGUAAGAAACAAAAAUGUCACAAUAGGUCCAAUCCUCUACAAUGUUUUCAACACAUUCACAACCCAAUCAGGCACUACCAUUCUUUAUUAGUCCAAAUGGAGUAAAUGCACAUUAAGUUGAAACAAACUCUUUUUAGCCACUGCAGAAAAUAAAAAAAGGAUAUACAAAAACAUGAUUGUGGAUGCUGGAUGAAAACACGAAAAGCAAUUAUAUAGCUUCAUAACUGAAAGAAUUACGGAAGUGUUUAAGAACUUUUCUCAGUCUGGUGCUAGGUUCUAUCUUGACCUGUUGGGGACGUGAUAUGUUAAUGUUUUUAUUUUGGAAUAAAUAGUGAUAUUUAAAAAAAGAUUUGUGCCACCUUGCACAUCAAGUCUUGAAGAGCAAAAAUAACUAAAUGUUGAAAUCCUCUUUGAUGAAAAGUCACAGACCUUACACAUGCUGACUAUCUUUUAACAGAUGCUGCCUGACUUGCUAGUUCCAGCAUUUUAUGUUUUGGAGUCACAAAUCUCAUACUUUAAAACAUCAAGUCAUCUAAUACUUUCCUUUGUUUUUAAUUUGUGCAUCAUGGAAUCAUGGUGGCACAAAUUCCUUGAAAACCAACCUAAAGAUUGCUUCUGAAAUUUUGAAUCCUGUUUUUAAAGGAAAGUUAAAAUAUUAUCUAGUACUACUGUAAGAAAACUAUUUUGAUUAAAUAAAAAAUUGGAAUUCGUAAAACAGAACUUUAUGAAGAAACUCACACAUUUUUCCCGUCUUUGUCUAUGACUAAGACGGAUAGUCAAAGACAGAUGACUUGAGGUGCUCACUUGGGAGUGGGGGGGCCUCAAUUUGGAGUGGGUGGCUUCAAUUGGGGGGGGGGGGGGGGUUGUUGGACUGAGGAAGAAUGAUGGGAAAUGAGAGGCAGUGUGUGGAGCAACUGUGGAGGAAAUGGGGAAAAAGGUUAACAUUUUGUUUUGUGCCAGCCUCUGGACUUGUUAGAAUUACUAGCCUGAGUUCACCAUAUUUGUGUUUAUGUACAUCCGUUAGGGCAUACAUUUUGAGAUUUCAAAUGCUGUUUUGCAUUUUAAAAGGUAUACUCAAUGUCUAACAAACAUCAAUUGAAUUGCCAUUUCAGAAAAGUUUCCUUAGAUUAAAGUUGCUAAUAGUUAAAUUACAAAUGAUAGUCUGUUUAGUACAUUUGUGAUCCUUGCUAACACAAAAUCAACUUUCCGAAGGGCUCUAAUGAUAUUAGAUAUUUUGUAAGUAAUGCAAAGUGUUAGAAAGCUGCUUCUGGCCACUAAUGCUUAGUUUAUUGUUACAUGUGCCUAGAAAAUCACCCUUGGUUGGUACCACCAAAUGUAUUGUAUGUUAGCAGCAGCAACAUUUAUUACUUUACCUCAAAAAUUGAGUUCCAGAGAAGUCCUUGCUACAAUACUUAAAACUAUUGCAAUGUUAUGUGCAAAUUCAGUGAGAAUGGUUACAAAAAAAAAUAAAAGACAUAUCUUAAAUUCUU